CGCGGGAGCGGGAGCGGGAGCGGGCGCCUGCCUGCCUCUGCUCUCUUCCCGGCCGGGUUCUGCCCCAGCAAGGCGGCGAGCGGCCGGGGAACCACGCGCGCCUCGCGGUUGCCGGCAGCUGCCGGGAUGUCCCUGGCUGGGCUUUCCGCCUAGGCUGAGAGGCAAAGCAAGGCAAGCAGGCAGGCAGGCAGGCAGGCAGGCAGGCAGGCAGGCAUUCGUCCGGCGCAGCGCGGCGACCACGACGCUCCACCUCUCCGGGGCUCCCCCGAUGCGCUUUGGCCGCCGCCUCCUGCCGGCUGCGCGCACAAGGAGGAGCGCCAGCGCCGCCUCGGCGGGAUGUCUCAGGACGCGCCGGCGGCGAACACUUUGCGAAGGAGCUCCUCUUCGGAGGGGACGCAGCAGGGUCAUGAAGACGAUGAAAGGAAAGUACGACGGAGAGAGAAGAACAGAGUUGCGGCCCAGAGGAGCAGAAAGAAACAAACACAGAAAGCAGAUAAACUCCACGAGGAAUACGAGUGCCUUGAGCAAGAGAAUAUCUCCCUGAAAAAAGAAAUUGGAAAGCUGACCGAUGAAAUGAAACACUUGAGCGAAGUCUUGAGGAACCACGAAAAAGUCUGCCCUCUGUUACACUGCUCUUUAAACUUUGGCUUGAUUCCGAGACACGAUGUCCUCAGUGGCCCCUUGCCAAGAUGAGGAGGCCACCUUCAGAGGAUCUGCAAGUUCUACUGAUAUGAGAGAGUUUUUGAGAGACUCUUUCUUUUCCACCAUGCUUCAUGGACGUGACAAGCACUCUUGCAAUUUGCGACUGGUUUCCCACCGCGAAAGUCUAGUAAAUAAUCAGGAUAUUGUCUUGAGGAUGGAAAACAUGGAUGGGCUGCAACCUUGUGGGAAAAUCUUUGGACAAAGUGGUCUGUGUGUGUGUGUGUGCGUGAUUCCACUGUGUGCUGUUUGUCCAGCAAGGAAUCUGAAAUGUGGCCUUGAAUGCAAAUAACGUCAUCACAUUUAUUUUUAAAGACACAACUUUCUUGUCCUCAUUGUUGCUAAGAAAUGUGCUGGCGAUGAUGAGGAAAGGGGAAGAGCCUGUUCUGGAGCUUGAAACCAAAAGGGAUAGUGGGCACAUCCUGGAGCCAAGGAUUGCCACUUCUGCAUCUCUUGCCUACCUACCAGAUUCUUUGUUCCCUAUGUGCCUUGGGCUUCUCCUCUUCCACUCUCUGUCAAGUUCUGUGAAAAUCCAAACAUUGCAUGUAUACUUUUCGGGCUUGUUGUAGUCAUACAUAAAUUCAGUGAUACAAAUGCA